AGCGGACGGUUCCUACUGCGGCUGGGCACCGGCUGGGCUCCCGCGUCGGCCCCGCGUUUCAAGCUUGCGCCCGGCCUAGCCUCAACCCGGCUUGGCGCGGCCCCGGCCUCUGAACGAAGGCGCCGCUGCUGCUGGGCCUCUCGCAGGACCAUGAGGAAGCGGCGGCAGCCACUGUGGCCCUCGUCAAGGUGACCAGCCGGGACUGCGGCGGAGAGAGAGGCGGAAUUGGCCAGCUGCGGAUGGAGUAAGAAGGAGAAACACAGUCUUGCCCCUAAUGUUGUGGCCUUUACCCGGAGGUUCAACCAGGUCAGUUUUUGGGUCGUACGAGAAAUUCUAACAGCACAGACUUUAAAAAUAAGGGCAGAAAUCCUGAGCCAUUUUGUGAAAAUAGCCAAGAAACUUCUAGAACUCAACAACCUUCAUUCUCUCAUGUCUGUGGUAUCAGCAUUACAGAGUGCUCCCAUCUUCAGGCUGACAAAAACCUGGGCUCUUCUGAAUCGGAAAGACAAAACCACUUUUGAGAAACUGGACUACCUGAUGUCCAAAGAAGACAACUACAAGCGGACUCGGGACUACAUCCGAAGUCUGAAGAUGGUGCCCAGUAUUCCCUACCUAGGAAUCUACCUUCUGGACUUGAUCUACAUUGAUUCUGCAUACCCUGCCUCUGGCAGCAUCAUGGAAAACGAACAAAGAUCCAACCAGAUGAACAACAUCCUCCGGAUCAUUGCCGAUUUGCAAGUUUCCUGCAGCUAUGAUCACCUCACCACCCUGCCGCAUGUGCAGAAGUACCUGAAGUCUGUGCGCUACAUAGAGGAGCUGCAGAAGUUUGUGGAAGAUGACAACUACAAGCUGUCACUCAGAAUCGAACCAGGAAGCAGCUCUCCAAGACUAGUCUCUUCUAAGGAAGAUCUUGCAGGCCCUUCUGCUGGUCCCAGCUCAGCCAGGUUCCGCCGGAGGCCCACCUGUCCUGAUGCAUCUGUGGCUGGCAGCCUUCCCACGCCACCAGUCCCCAGACACAGGAAGAGCCACAGCCUGGGCAACAAUAUGAUGUGUCAGUUGAGUGUAGUUGAAAGUAAGAGUGCAACAUUCCCAUCGGAGAAGGCCAGGCACCUGCUGGACGACAGCGUCCUAGAGUCCCGCAGCCCCCGCAGGGGCCUCACCCUCACCUCCUCCACUGCCGUCACCAACGGACUCUCCCUAGGCAGUAGUGAGAGCUCAGAGUUUAGUGAAGAGAUCUCUGCAGGGCUGGAAAGCAGGGGACGUCUCUACGCCACGCUGGGGCCCAACUGGAGGGUUCCAGUUCGGAAUUCUCCCAGAACUCGGAGCUGUGUCUACAGCCCCACGAGCCCGUGCACUUGUACCGUGGGCAGCUCAGCCACUGUGCCCACUAUGGAGGGGCCUCUAAGACGGAAAACCCUGCUCAAGGAAGGCCGGAAGCCUGCACUCUCCUCGUGGACCAGGUACUGGGUCGUACUCUCAGGAUCCACCCUCCUAUACUACGGAGCCAAGUCCUUGCGGGGCACAGACAGAAAGCACUAUAAAUCUACACCUGGCAAGAAGGUCUCCAUCGUAGGCUGGAUGGUGCAGCUGCCGGAUGACCCCGAGCACCCAGAUAUCUUCCAGCUGAAUAACCCUGAAAAAGGCAAUGUUUACAAGUUCCAGACGGGCUCCCGGUUUCACGCAAUACUGUGGCACAAGCACUUGGAUGAUGCAUGUAAAAGCAACAGGCCUCAGGUACCUGCAAAUCUUAUGUCAUUUGAAUAAGUGUCUGCAGGACUUGGCAUGACCUCAAAGGCUUCUGGGAGCCUGGACUAGAUCUGGUGGAGGAGAGCAGCUCUCAGCAUAAGCUGCUGGCCAAGGCACUGGAGCCCCAUAGCUCGAUGAACGUGGCCUGCAGCCUCACAGUCCUGGAUGGCUCCCCAGUGUGAGAUCCACCUGCCAACCCACAGCACCUCUCAUGACUCAUCCUGCAGCAGCACCCCCAGGGUGGUUGUCAGACCCCAGACUGCGCACCCUGUGCCCCCUCUCUGGGCCACCGUCUGCCCACCAGCUGCUUCUGCAUCGAGGGAGCAUCUGACCCCCGCUGGGUUCUCCGUGCUUUCUACUGCACACAAUGGACGCAGUUAACCUUUGAGAGGGCUGGAGAGCAGAGAGACAGGUUGCUGGACAGGCUUGUUACACCCCAAGUGCACGGGCUGCUCAUCCUCAGGGCCGCCUCAGAUUUUGUAUGCCCCCAAAGUAUCCUCCGUGUGUGUGCUCUACAUGCGUGCGUGUGAGCGAGUGAGUGUGAGCUCUCUGAGAAACAUACAUUUUGGCACAAGACUUGUGACAUUACACAUUUGUUGGCUUUGAGGCCCUGCUUGAAGCUUUAGUUACAGCCUUGUCCUCUAAGUCUGAAGGGAGUCCAGAAGCUCCAUGUCAAGGGUCCCUUGAGUUCUUUUACUGUAAACAAACAAUGCCUUAAAUCGUGUCUUGUUUUCUGUUCCUAUGGGUGCUAUUCAUCUGGAUGGCCUGUUCCCUGGGCCCCAGGACCUCCUGGGUCCUGUUGUUGUCAGCCCUCCCGAGGCAGAAACAGUCUCAGGACCGCGGACUGGGCACUGGAUUGUGUGCUCCCUACCAUGAGCUCUCCUGGGGGCCUUUGGCCUUCCUCGUCUCUCCCACUCCCACCAUGCUGGCAUGGGAAGUUGUGGCCUUUUCUCCCAGCAGCUUGGAGGCCCCCAAAGUGAUGAGUGGUCAGUCGUGUAGAAGCUACCACCCCACAUUCCCCCGCAGGGCGGACUUUUGUCUUCUCACCCGUUGCCACCACUGCCAGGGUCAGCCACACUGAUUCCUGAUCACACACAGGGAGCUGAGUGACGUGGAGGCCUUAAGACCCUCAGUCUUGCCCCUAAAUGUAGUCACCAGCACGUUCUCCAAGUCCAAGGGCCCAGUUGUUGAAGGCCAGAUGACAAGAGAGCCAAGCCCUAGGGAGUGAAAUCUCCAGUCUCUGAAUUCAUGAGCAAGGACCUUUAUCCAUCGCCUUUCGUCAUACAUAAGGUGACUUUCAUUUUGCACAUUUUAGUUCAAGCUCUUUAUCAUCACAGAUGCCCUCUGUCCCUCUCCCUCUUCCUCCCUGAAUCUGGUUACUCUAACCCUGGGAAGCAUACCCUCAAAGCGACUUUCUGGAAAAGGCGAAUUUCUGGGUCCCUGUGGGGUCAUACACAAUAACUGAUUAUCAAACCAGCCCAAAGAAAUUCCAACAAUAAUCAAGAAGCUUCAGACAGCAUCAUAACCAUGAACUUGCCACCAGAAAACCCACCAUUGUAUUAAAACCGAAUGGUGAUACUUCUCUAAAAAUGUUAAUGAUUUGGUAGGGCAAGUAGUUGUUUCCAUGGUAGUGUAGUACCUUUUGGUCAAGCCUCACUGUAUUCUGAAGCUAACCUUCGUGUGAGCAGAGCCUGAACAUUUUCAUGCCAAGAGAAACUCCAGGUGGUAAAGUCUGUGCCAUCAAAACUUGACCACAGCUGCCUCACAUAUCUCCCCACGCCAGGGGUCCAGGUGUGUUCACCAGAUUCUACCAACAUCUCUUCCAGUUAGAAUCUAGAAGAAUGGCAAUGCCAAACCCUGCAGACACCUCCACUAGAACCAAUGCCAUCGCUACACUUCAACUCUGAUCCUGCCUGUUAACUUCUAAAAAGUCAGAAGCCUGAACAAAACUGCAAGACCAGAGCAUCAGCUACCAGUUUCCUUAGGCUUCUCCACUCUCCAACUUGUUUUUGGUUCUCACACAUGAAAUAUCAAACAUCAAAAGCCCCAGAAUUUCAGUCUCCACUCAGAAAACGCUCUACCAUUUACAAAUCUGUCUAAUCCAACACGAGUGUUUUCUUUUAGGCCUAAUCUAAAAGAGCACAAUCACAAUUAUUUUCAAAGUGUCUAAUCCCCCUAAUUGGAACCAGACUCCCCUCCCAGAAGCACCCUCACCAUGGACUCUUGAAGAAACUGAACUUUUGUUAGUUAAAAAACAAAAACCUUGAAGGACGCUUGAGAGCCUUGAAGGUGGCAGAAGAGCUCUGGAGACAGAGUUAAAAUAUUUGACUCUCCAGCAGGGCCUUAGGCCAAGCUGGGAUCCCCAGGGCUGGCUUGUCCCACAGGCUGCAGGGGAGGUGGGUAGGUCAAGUGACAGUUCUGCGUUUUUGCUGGACUGUCCAUAGUAGACAAGUCCUGUGAAAUUGUUGGAUGUGUUAAGUCACUCACCGUCAUGCAAACAGACCGUGGUGCCCCCAAAGUGAAAGCUAUAGAAAGCUGUCUAGAAACUAGGAUGGACAGCUAGUAGUAUUGUGAAGUCCCAAGAAGAGCCCUCUCCCUCAUGAUGAAGGCAACUUCUGCCCCUCUCCAGUAUAUUGAGUUUUGUAUCUCCAGUGUCAGCUAAGUGUAUGCUGGCCAGCAAAAUGCCUUGUGGAGACUGGAUUUGGUGGAAAGCAGCAGAAACAUUGUCCUAAAUAUGCCAGCGGGAGAGUGUGGUCCCUCCCCUCCCCUUCCCUGACCAGAUGCCAUGAAGCACUUGCCAGAUUGGGACGCCGAGCAGGCGGACACAUUGCAAUUGUUGGUGAGGGACCUACCUUGUCUUGCCAGCAGGACCUCUCUAUUUCUUUCUCACCGAGAUGGCCAGCGUUUCUUCCAUCAUUUUACUCCCACCUCCCAAGCCUAAGAAAAGGGUGGGGUUUUAAUACCAUCUUCAGAAGGGAAUUGAUCUGUAAAACUGGGAAGCUGUUUAUCAGCCGCGGCUGCUUUAUUCUUCCGGUGGGUUCCAGAGCUCUGCACCAACAUUGCAGGUGCCUGCAACCACUGUUGAAUAUUGCCAAAACCACAGCCUCCCUUUCGUGUGACCCUUACAUUGGCCCUACGCCAUAUUGAUAUGUUAUAUGUGAUUUCAUGUUAUAAAAAAAUCACUGCACAAAGUCCCUUUGAAAUAAACAUUCAUUCAUAUCUCUAGUGAGUGCUUUCUAUACACCAGGCUCUACCCAGAAUGAAAAUGGCUAGAAACAAGACAAUCUCCAAUUUUGGCCCUUUGUAGAGCUUACCAGUCAAUGAACAAGUAAUCCCCACCUCACAUAACAACGUUGGCAAGACCCUGCUCUCCCCUACUCCUGAAUACAUAUCCUGUGCAUUGGUUCUUCCAGAAAGACUUCAGAAGACCCAAACAGACUGCAUGGGAUUUCUGUGAGAGUCAGUUGCGUUGAGGACUAGCUGGAGUACCACUGCCCCACACAGGAGGCUGGCCAGCUCUGAGUAGCCAGAUACAGAACUGUGUUCAAGAAUGGUUACAAGGCAGAAUGAGAGAGUAGGGUCCGAAUGCUCGCAGUAUGCACAGGCUUCCCCUUUUAGCCCUUAACUUCAGUGUUAAGUUCAAAUGCAGUAUGAGUGGAGCUGCAUGUCCUUGGGAGCUGAGAACUUGGACUUGGACUUUGGUCCACCUUGCAGCCUGCUGCUGUGCAAGUGUGUGUCCCAUGGACAGCCCCAAGUUCCCUUCACAGCAGCAAGGUGUUAGAUCAUCUGCCUAUUUUGGAAGGACUGUGACCAUUCAGUAAUUAAAGAUAAUAGUAAUUCAUUUAUUAGUGAGAUAUAUAAUCUUUAAUAAAUUUUGUGCCAAAAUGCAUGGUUUCCCACUUUGCAUUCAAUUGUUGCAUAGAGUAGUUUUUAAUUUCUUCCUGUGUUCUUCCAAGUAAACUGAAAAUGAGUUUCUAUAUCUUAGUUUGUUUCUUGUUAAGAAAUGCUGCAUCCUCCCGAGCUGUCUUUUUUCCCAGCAGACCCUGCAUGCAGUCGUAUAAGGAGUUUCUCUACUAUUUGUAAAUUGUCUCAUCUGCAAUAACCACUGAGCAUUAUCCCUCCUUGGGAUUCUUUAGAUUUUUGGUGAAGUAUUUUGUUACCUCAGUCUUGUAUCAAGUUGCUGUAUUUUUCAGCUUGUUACACUGAUAAUUGUUUCACUAAUUAAAUACUUUAAUGUACAGGCAUCUUUGUUUACUUUGAAAUUAAAUGUGUUUUUCAAUGA